CGUUAAAACGAACAUUUUCGAAAAACGUUUUAAAUGUGUUCCGGGAGAAUGCGGGCUAUUAAAAUAUCAACGGAAUAUGAAUGACGUCAGUCCGUAUUGCUGCUUGCGCUCGGGCGAUACUCUUUCAAAAUUUAUAUAUCGAAAUUGGCCAGUGUUCCCAUUGAUAUUUUCACACAAUUAAUUUUUCACAUCGAUUUUGCAGUAAAAUUGACAUAUUUGUUGGACUUAUCCACUUAUUUUGACUGAUUCUAUUUUAUUUUUCAUCGUUAUUGGUAUCCGGUUGUUUAGAUUUUGUUUUAAUACGUGUUGUGGCUGCGCUGUUACCAUACCAAUUGACGAAUUAUGGUGCUAAGAAAUUUCUACAUUUAAAGGUAAAAAGUGUAUGAAAAAAUUUCGCGCUCUCCAACAAUUUUGGUUCAAGAUUCGAAUUAACAAUGAACAGCAGCGAUAGUGAUGAUUUAGCUGAAGAAUUUUUAACUGACGACACUCAAAAUUUCUUAUCCCAAGAUCAAGAUGGGAUUGAAAUGGUUACGUUGGAUAAUACAGAUGACUCUUCUAAUCAAGGAGAAGUUUAUGAACUGAAAUAUGGUAAACCACUUCGCGAACAAGAUAGAUUUCUUCCAAUUGCUAACAUUGCUAAAAUUAUGAAAAAAUCCAUACCAGAUGGAGGAAAGAUUGCAAAAGAUGCAAGAGAAUGUGUGCAAGAAUGUAUAUCUGAAUUCAUAAGUUUCAUAACUAGUGAAGCAAGUGAUAGAUGUUUUCAAGAAAAAAGAAAAACUAUAAACGGAGAAGAUAUUCUGUAUGCAAUGUCUAAUUUGGGAUUUGACAACUAUGUAGAACCCUUAAAAUUAUAUUUGCAGAAAUAUAGAGAGGCUACUAAAGGAGACAAGUCCAUUGGAAUUGAAGAACUCUCUGAUGAUGUGUUUUCGAAUGAUGGAAAUUACCCAAAAAUAUUUGGAACAAGUAGUCAAAAUGAAUCAGUCAUUUACUACCAAGAUCCAAUUCAACAGUUCCAUAUUGGAUAAUAAUUAAUUUAAUUGAAAUUUUUACAAUUUUUAAACUUAAUUUUUUCUAUAAUUAUAAAUCAUGUAUCAUA